GAUAAGUUUGGUUCAAAAAAGGAAAUCAUUGUUACAGAGCACGGGUCCUGUGAGUUCAUAAUAGCAAUUUUUAUUUUUCCCUUAAAAACCUGCUUUUAGCAUCUUCAUAACAUCUAACAAUGUCAGCACUCGGGACCAUUGUCAUGUUGUUAAGUAUUGUAGGUGGCACCGUGUCGAUCACUGUGCAGGUUACUCCAAAGUUUCUCAACGUGACCCUUGAUCAGACUGCAGUUCUUGAUUGCAUUUUUUCCACCAAUCAGCCGUUGACCAAUCUCAUGGUCCAGUGGAGUCUCUACCCGUCGGGCUCUGAUAACCCUGAACAGGUGUUCUAUUAUCAGUCAGGAAAAUAUCUGAUUGGGCCGAAGUUUGUGAACAGACUGAACGUCCUUUCUAAAGUUGGAACCUUCAUGAACGCCUCCAUCUCCAUCAGCAACAUGCAGACCGCAGACGCCGGAACCUACACAUGCGAAGUCCGCAACUUCCCUGACAUCGAGGGGACGACUGAGGGCAACAGCAGAGUCCGUGUCCUGGAGAAACCGUCACACCCAUUCUGCGCCGUGCAUGGAGACGUGUCGACGGGUCACCUGGUCACCCUCACCUGCCAUUCGGAGAAAGGAAGCCCCUCCCCUACAUACACCUGGACUAGACUGAAUCAGGGGAUGAGGGCACAAGUGAUGGGCAUUACAAAUGUGAAGACUGGCACACUGUUCAUCACAAACAUUUCUCAAUUUGAGUUUGGAACGUAUCAGUGCAACGCCUCCAACGUUUUGGGCUCCUCUGUCUGCACUGUUGAUCUGAGCUCAGAGAUGAAUGAUGCCGCCAUAGCGGGCGCAGUGAUUGGAGCCCUGCUGUGUGUGGCCUUCAUCGUGCUGCUGGUGUGGUUCAUCGCUCAUCGUCUGAAGAAGAAGCAAUACAACGCCGCCAAGGCUAGAGAGACACAAGCUGCAGUGGACUAUAAGGCCGUCCCUCCACAAGACACUGUCCCUGAAUAAGCAAGUCACCCGCAUUCCUGAGAAAGCUUUUUAUAUAUUUGUUUUUUCAUUUUUUGUGUUUUUUAAGCAAUCGAGAUACUGAAUGACAUUUCUGUAAUUUGCUUUUAUACGCAAUGACAUUACUGCAGGAUUUAUAGUGGUAGCUUAACUGCAUUUUUUUUGUCCUUGUUCUUUGCUCUCUUUUUUUUCUUUGUUUUUGGCGUAAUUUUUUUGUGAAAUAAAAACAAAGA